GCUUUUGAAACCGAGCUUGUAUUUCAUAUGUGGUCGUUGGUCCGAGCGUACAGUGGGUCUAUUUCUUGUCGGCGGCGGUGCUACGGUCCCUUCUAUCCUUCCUGUGCUCGCCGCCAUCUUGAAUUUUAAUGCUAAUUUCUGGAAAUUUUUGUUUCCUCUGAUAUUUUACCGAAGGAAUUUCACGGCGUGUCCGGCUCGUAGCAACGGGCAAGUCUAACCCAAGUGAAAGGUUAAGGAAACACACUUGAAUUUGCCUAUCCACACAUUGCAGGUCACCUUAAGCACAGAGACUAAAUGCAACUGGACCAGGUGGUUUGUUGGUAUGAAGUGGAUGGGAGAAUCCAAGAACAUGGUAUUAAAUGGCAGGCGAAAUGGCAGCAGGUUCCCCAGUGAACAGCCCUUGAGCCAAUCCCGUCCUCAGCACUCCCAGCGGGCCCAUCUGCGCCACAACAAGCGUUCCCCCAGCAGCAGGAGAUGUAGCCGGAGAUUCAGCGCGGCUCCCCUGGAGGCAGAGAGGCGCUAUGUCCCCUCCUCGGGUAUGACCGCCAAAGAGCUUUGUGAGAAUGAUGACCUCACUACCAGCCUGAUUCUUGACCCCUAUUUGGGUUUUCAGACUCACAAGAUGAACACCAGGUUUCGACCCAUCAAGGGAAGACAAGAGGAGUUGAAGGAAGUGAUUGAGGGUUAUAAGAAGCACGAUGACCUAGAGAAGGCUUUCAAUGCUUUGAUCGCAGGGGACUGGGCCAGACACUACUUUCUGCACAAGAACAAGGCCCAGGAGAAACUCUUCAAAGAGCAUGUGUUUGUUUAUUUACGGAUGUUUGCUGCUAAUAGUGGAUUUGAGAUUCUUCCUUGUAAUCGCUAUUCAUCUGAGCAAAAUGGAGCUAAAAUCGUCGCUACAAAAGAGUGGAAGAGGAACGAUAAGAUCGAGUACCUGGUGGGCUGCAUCGCCGAGCUGUCGGAGAGCGAGGAAAACCUGCUGUUGCGGCAUGGGGAGAAUGACUUCAGUGUCAUGUACUCCACCCGCAAGAACUGUGCCCAGCUCUGGCUGGGACCUGCUGCCUUCAUCAACCAUGAUUGUCGGCCAAACUGCAAGUUUGUAUCUACUGGUCGGGAUACUGCUUGUGUCAAGGUUCUUAGAGACAUUGAACCAGGGGAAGAAAUCUCCUGUUACUAUGGUGAUGGUUUUUUUGGAGAAAACAAUGAAUUCUGUGAAUGCUACACUUGUGAAAGAAGAGGCACUGGUGCUUUUAAAUCCAAUGCUGGCCUACCUGUGGUAGCUCCUGUAAUCAACAGCAAAUAUGGACUGAGGGAGACAGACAAGCGGCUCAACAGGCUGAAGAAGCUGGGAGAGGUUAACAAGAACUCGGACAGUCAGUCUGUGGGCUCCCAUACAGAUGCAGAUUCUCAGGAAAAGCCAAGCGCACAUUCAUCUGCAAAGAAAAGGACGUCCACCAGUGUGAAAAAGUUCACCAAAACCCGGACAUUAACCAGGCAGUCUUUGUCAAGAACUCCUACCUCUACCUCACCUUCUAAACAAAGUCAUAUGAAUAACUCCAGGGUACCAAAGAAACUAAAAUCGAAACCCGCAAAGCCUUUGCCAGCUAAAGUCAAGUUGAGGAGUCGAUGCAGGGGAGCAGAGCAGAAAGCCUCUGUUAAAAUUGAUUCUGGAUCCCUGGGUCUCAAAGAGCCCAAGGUGGUCCUUUGCAAGAAUGUCCCGGUAAAGAAAGAGAGAGACAUAGCAGGACCUGCUAAGGUAGAGGGCUCCAGGGGUUGCUUGACACGCCAUGCGGCAAAGGAAAACAAUCAUGACUCUCUAAAGGGUGCUUCUUUGUGUGAUGGAAGCUUAUCAUGCACUUAUAGAACUCGAAGGUCAACCAGAACUCAGGGGCCUGCCAGCAUUAAGCUUGAACCAAAUCCGCUGGAAGGCCUCAUGCCUAUUCCGGGAGGGGUGGUCAUUAAAACAGAGCCUGUGGAAGAAUGCGUGACAGAUGGGCUCGUGCUGAACAAGCCCAACCUGGAGACCAACUGCCCCAGGAAGGGCAACUGCCCACGGCGGAAACGAUUACAGGUCAAGCCAGACAGGACAAUAAAGGUAGAGGAAAGGGAAGGUUAUGGAGAAGGCUUUCAGGAGGACCUGUGCAAUGCUGAUAGGACUGACUGUGGAAAGGUGCUCCUUGGCCUCCCAGAGAAACCUCGGGAUUACAACAGGAUGACCAAUGGUGGAAAGUUUCUUGGCAGUGACAAAUCCAAGGACAGCUGCCGAGCCUUUGGUAAAGGCAAGAAGAAGCGUCAGAUCACUCGCUACGAUGCACAGCUGAUCCUGGAGAACAACUCGGGCAUCCCCAAGCUCACGCUCCGUCGGCGGAGGGAUAGCAGCAGUAGCAAGACCAAUGAGCCGAGCGAGGUGGACAUGGUCAACUCCUCCAAAAUCAGCAUCAAGUUCAGCAAGGACCAUGACAAGGACAAGAGUAGCUCCUACGUGGCCAAGCUGAAUAAUGGCUUUAGCUCAGGGGGCCACAACUCCACCAAGCUGAAGAUACAGCUGAAGCGUGAGGAGGACAGCCGGGCCAUUACACAGGCUCAUCCGGGUGAGCUGUCAUCCGACGGGGUUGUCACUGGGGUUUUAGGGGAGGGUCUUCAGUGCAUGGGUGGGGGUCACCCAAAUCAGAACGCAGAGUCCUCAUCGUCCGAGGAGGAGGAGGAGGAGGAGGAGGAAGAUGACUACUAUGAUGAAGAGUUUGAGGAUGACUUCAUUCCACUUCCACCGGCCAAACGUCUUCGACUCAUCGUAGGGAAAGAUUCCAUAGACAUUGACAUCUCCUCAAGGAGAAGAGAGGAUCAGUCUCUGAGGCUCAAUGCAUAAGCUCUGAAAGUCAUGUCUUGACUUUAAUGUUCAUUUGCAAUCAGCUCUGUGUUGAUGUUUAAAAAAAUAAAUGAAUAAGCUGAUGAAAAUAAAAAACCCAUAAACAAAAAUAAAAUCGUCAUUCUGUAAAAAUUAGGUAAGGCAAUGUAUUCAUUGUGUAUAUAAAUAUUCAAGAAAAUGUACAGUGUAUAUGAUCUUACAGGUCUGAAAUGUGCAGAUUUUUAUUGUACUUUUUAUUAACCACAAUGUGCAAUUUUGAAUUCUGUUGACAGCUUGGGUUUGUAGUAAAAGAUUUAAUCACACGUGCGCACACACAGUCAAUUACAAGUUUAUUGGGAAGCAGUGGUAGUAUAUUAUGUAUCCAAAUUGUUUUCAUACUAGACGAUUACUUUUGAGGGUUCAUAAAAAGCAGUAUGUAUAUACGUGUGUGUGUGUGUGUGUGUAUAUAUGCAUAUAAUACUUUGCCUUGUGAAAUGUAUAGGGGGAAAAAAGAAGUCAUGUACAGAACAACUGGGUUAAAUUAUUUUAAAUUUUUAUUAAAUAAAACUCAUUGAGUUGUGUCAGACAUGUCUCAACUGCUGUAGUUCCCUAACCAGUGGGGUUCAUGGUGCUUAGAAUGGUGGUGCUGGCCCGGGCGGUCUUUUGGAAAAAAGGUGCAGACUACCUGGGGGUCUGCAGUCAUGUGUUGUUAUAACAACCCCAUCUAUUCACUUUCUGUUUUUGAGUCCUGGGACUGAUGUGCCAGUUGGGUUUGGCCUCAUUGUAAAGAAGCUCUCCUUUAUUUUAUUUUUCUUUUGAAAUGUUUGCUGCUGGAAUAAAAAAAAAAGUGUUAAGCAGUCAUGCUAGACUUGCUGCCAGAUUAUCAGUUGACUAGAAAGUUAUUGGCUUCAUAUGUGCAUUGUUCCAUUCUCGAUGUGCUUUGCUGUUUUCUUUUUUCUCUGUUUAAAUUUAAACCAUAAAAAUGUGACACACUAUAUUCCACUGAAGUGUAAUGCAUUCCAGCCAGGUCCAUGCAUAGGUACUGUGGGUUUAUGUAGCACCCGAGCUAGAGUACAAAUAGUCAGAAAUGAGCCCAUUCCAUUUCAUGUUUCAUUUGACAUUAGCCCAACAUUUUAAAAUGAAUUAACACUUACAUAUGUGAGUAGUUAUAAGCCUCACUUUGAGCCAGAAGUGGAAUAUGGGAUUGAUAUUUUCAAAUUCUAUUUCAAAAUGUCCAUCUGUACAUUAUUUUGAUGUUGGCAGUGUUCAUGUUUGCUGCUGACCUGGUUAAUAUGAACUUUAACCAUUUUGUGUAUGUACUGCUCCCUUCACCAGCAGCCCCAUUGCAGAUGUGACCAUGGCUAAAUCUCACCCCCCCUCCCCUUUCGAAUGAGCCCAUUGUACACUGUGUACUGUCCCAGGUGUAAUGUCUGUGUAUAUAUAUUUUUUAAGUUAACAUAUGCUGGUUGAAUUUCCAAUUGGCUAAGAGUGAAUGGCUGUGACCAUUUUGCAGACAUUCACAAGUAUUAUGUGUACAAGAGUAGCGGGAUACAAUAAUCGGAGUUUUUAAAGGGGAUGAUACAGAUGUCCAUUAAAUCAUGAGAACACCUUGUACUUAUUUAACAGUUUUGAAUACUUGAAAUCAAGAUAAAAGUUUCUUUGCAAGACUGAA